AUGAUCCGUUCAAAAAACCAUGUGAGGUCCUGGACAUUUUGGGAUCAGCAUUUUGGUAGCAGUGAUCUUCUGGAGAUCUUUGGGUGGGAUAUUGAUGAGGCCAAAGAGCAGAUACUUGAAUUUGUUAAGGGAAGGCCAGAGAAAAAAAUUAUAUAUUUUCAUGGAUGGGAUGGUUUUGGGGCGUCCCCAGUCCUCAAUUCCAUAGCAAAUGAACUUUCAUCACUGAAAAUGGAUGCUCCCCAGGAACUAUGCUUUGACAAAGUAUUGUACAUUGACUGCUCGGAAUGGAAAAGUAGAAGGGAAAUGCAGAGAGCAAUUGCAGAGGAACUGAAACUUGACCAUGGAACAAUGGCUAUGUUUGAUAACCAGGAUGAGGAGGAUGACUUCAAUGGACUGGAUAAAGACUCUAGGGAUGUGAUAGCAAGUAUUGCAACAGAGAUUGAUCGAACACUGAGGGACUGUAAAUUCAUGAUGAUUUUUCUUAAUGGAAGUGAUAAUGAGGUCGAUGUCACUAGAUUUGGCAUUCCUCAGAUGACGGAAUUCCGUAACAACAGAAUGAUAUGGACAUUCAAGAGAAGGUUGCUGAUGAUUCAUAGCCACCGUUCUGAGAUAGCAGAAAAGUUAAGAUACAGCCACCUUUUCCUCUCCGCUGCACUUGUGCAUGGAGAGUAUCAGAUCAGAGAGCCAGAAUUUUGUGCACUGGUGCAUGGAGAGGCUACUACCAUAGCUGCUCGCCACCAAUGCAUGCUGGAUAUGGACACAACAAUGGUGACAGAAUGUUGCCUCUUUGAGCUAUCCCUACAUUAUAAUUUCCACAGUAUGACUAGAUUGGGUUGGGCUGCUCAUUCUUCUAACUACUGGAUAUGUUCUGGAAUCAUAGAAGGCAAUAAAGAAAUGGAGAUCAGAAAUGCAUUGCAUGGAGAGAUAAGAUGGGAGUGCGAUGCUCCUUUGCUUCAUCGUGUGCUUCAAGAAUUGAAUCCUACCUUUUCAGUAAAGAAGAUUACAAAGCCUCUAGCUGUUUCUACGAGGUGUCUAGUUAAAGAUCGUUGGAUUUCAAUCACCUCCCAGGAACAUGAAGUGGAUGGUAUGCAAGAUAUACCAGUAAGAGCAUCGUCGGUCUUCUUGGCAUUUGAAAGACCAGGUCACCUACAACCAUCUGAAGGAUCAGAUCAUCCACCACCACUGGAAGGACAAGAUUGCCCAGCCGUAUUGCCAUCUGGCAUGUUCAAAUAUUCCAGGAGCCUUGCAGUGCUGGUUCUCUCUUAUUGUACCUUCAGUUUUGCAUCACCGCCUUUCCUCAUGUGCAAUAGCCUAAGAUUCCUUGGUUUGGACAACUGUAAGCACAAGCCAAGUGAACGAUAUUGUGAUACAGAUGCAGAGUGGACAUUCUUGCUUAGUCUAUGGGUGCUCGAGAUACGCUACACAGAAUGGGAUGAGAUACUAUCCAAAUUGAAGAUGGAUCUCAUGAGUAACCUGAAGGAGUUACAUAUAGAGGGAGUUAGGAGCUGGCAGUACAUCAAUCAACUAAGUAAAAUACUACCCCACCUUUAUAUGCUAAGGAUUACCAAUCCUAGGAUUUAUCAAGCGGAAACAAUAGAUGCAGAUGACUCAUUUAUGGACGAGGGAAAGCUACAAAUACUUGAUCUGUCUGGCAACAACGAGAUGAAAGUUGUACCAAGUAGCCUAUCAAAGCCAAGUAACCUUCAGGUGCUUCUUCUUGAUGGCUGCCUUGGACUUGAAUGUGUUGGUGCACCUCAUACGCUUCCACCAUCUCUCAUUUCCUUCAGCCUCGAUGGCUAUGGAGCAGCAUCCCAUUGGACACCAGCUAUUAAUCUACUACCUCCUGAAAAUUUGCGUCCAUCUUCUACAGAUCAGAAGGAUGCCAAGAUCUCCAGGAUAUGCCUAGAGGGCUGCACCAGUUUGAAGAAUUUGUUUCUGCGUGGACUACCUAAUCUUGUGGGGCUGGACCUGUCAGGAACUGGAAUCAAGAUACUUGACUUUACAACUAUGGUGAUGCAAGUCACAUGUCUCAGACGAUUGUUUAUGCUGGGCUGUGAGCGCCUUGUUGCGAUAAGAUGGGAUCAGAAGAGUCGAUACGUUAUACAUCCACAACUAGAGCUCCUAUGCAUUGACACACGAGCUGGGACUGGAUAUUCUCGGCCAUCCAUAGACCAUACCAAAAAGUCCUUCAGGCUGCAGAUACAUGCCAUUCUUUCGGAUGCAAGGCUUGCUCGAUCCUUGUGGCCAGCAAUAGACUGCUACAGAGGCAAGGGCAGCCUUGUGGAUAUUUAUUUUAAUAUCAUUGUCACCUCUGCGCCUGUUGUGUAUUGUGGGGAGGAUGUUCAACCUGUAGCUACCCACAGGGUGCUUGCAAAGGCAAAGAAGUAUGGUGAUGUCCAUGCCACGGCUGGCGAUGCUCCCAUGCAGGAUUUCCCGCAGGCUCCGACUGCCGAUUUGAAUCGCCAUGUAGGGAUUGCCCAGGGGAGCCGUGGUCUGGAGAGCGAACUGCUUGGAUAUUUCCCUGCGCGCAAUAAUUUGGCUCUUCUGAUGAGAAGGUGUGCUGACUCCCUGCACCUGCAUGACAUCUCAAGCGGUGCAAACAUGCCCAUGAAUGAAUGGAAUUACCUUAGGCAAUGUCGUGUGGAGAGGUGCACCAAGUUGGAUACCGUCUUCCCAGGAACAUAUGGCUUCGAGGCUCUGGAGAUUGUUUGGGCAUCGGAUCUCCCGAUGGCCCGCUGCAUCUGGAGCAAAGGUGGUUCCUAUCACCGUUACAGCACCUUUGGAAGGCUGCGGCACCUGAACUUGCGCUCCUGCCCCAGACUCCGGUUCGUGCUUCCAGUGUGGGUCUCCUCCUUCCCCAAAUUAGAGACACUCCACAUCAUCCACUGCAUGGACCUGAGGCAUGUAUUCGUGCUGGACGAAGAGCACCCAGAGGCACGCGUAGCAUUCCCCAACCUGACCACUAUCCACCUGCACAACCUCCCAAUGUUGCGGCAGAUAUGUGAGGCCCAGAUGCUGAUGCUGGCUCCCGCACUCAUGACCAUCAAGAUCAGGGGAUGCUGGGGCCUACGCCGACUGCCAUCCAUGGAACGCCGUGGCAUACACAUGGAGAAGCCGACGGUCGAGAUCGAGAAGGAUGUCUGGGAUGCGCUGAAGUGGGACGGGUUGGAGGCUAGCCACCAUCCGUCCCUCUUUGCGGAGCCACACCACUCAUGCUACUACAAGAAGAAAUCGCUCAGGGGAUCUGCCCUCAGGUAA